UUGGUCCGGUUUUACGGCUGUUGGGAGAAUGAACAGAUCUCCUUGAUCAUUUAAAAAAACCAAACUACCCUUAAAAGACGCAGUGUGUCGUCAUGUUUUUGUGUAGAUGGGAAGGUUGUGAUAGUUUGCUCGCGGACCGACUGUAUUAACGGUCGUACGUUAACCUAGCUAAAGUGUCCGCGCGACAGGAAAUUUCAACCUGAACUUGAAUCAUAACAGUCGUCGUUUAUUAACCGACUCCCGUCAAGUUUCUUUUGUUUGUUUGUUUUGCCGUUUCUAACAACAAUAAAAGGAGUACGAAUGAACCAGCUAAGAAGCGGAUGAAACGCGGACGUAAAUAACUGGUGCUUGAAAUGGCGAAAAUCUUUUUCGGACUCAGCCCAGGGAUGGAAUGUACGUCCACCUUUUAUCUGUCGUAUACCUUCUGACAGAGGAGACAUUCAGAAUGCUGAUGAUGUCAGCACUUCAAAACAACUGGAAAAAAAACAAAAAAAAAGGUCAUCAGUCAUUUGUGCAAUCUGUUUCCACUUGUCUUAAUGUUGUCACUCAGCACUCGAUUUAUCUUGCCAAAAAUAUCUUUUCAUUUACAUCUCCUGUCGGGGAAAUAACCAAACCACCGUUGAACACAGAGCUUCGUAACCCGAGGCGGGAAGGAUCGGGCCAGGCUGACGCUGAGAGCGCACGACCGAGGCCAGAUCGCAUUCAGUAGGUCUGGCUGACUUGGUAAAGUGUGUGUGCAUGCUGUAAGUGUCUUUCCAUGACUGGCCCCUGGUGCUACAGCCACGCCAAACUGUCAAUCCCACAGGAAUGUCUCCCCAAACUCUCUGCAACAGAUGACAGAAAUUUGGCAUAUGUUAUUGUCAUAUUCUUUUUCUCUCAGACUUUUUUCUUCAUCCCUCCUCUGCUUUCGUGCUCGGCCUCAAGUUUUUCUGUGCUCUCUCCCGUUUUUCCCUUGCUGUAUUUCAGCAGAGAAAGAAAGGCCAAGCAUGUAAUGUGUCAACAUGACCGGGACUCGGUACUGUAAUCUAAGCAUUACGCUUGGCCUUUCGAAACGAUUUGAUAAUGACGCUGAUGGCUCGUUACCGGCGUCUUUUGCUAAAACACUUUGAAAAUCGGCAGAUAAUUGAGGAAAGCCAACCGAGCCCUUCGAGAUUACAAAGAGGGGAACAAUCCUACGCGCCUUUGCGCCAGCAAAGUCAUAAAUUCAUCUGUCUCCUCGCUGGCCCGCAUCCAAUUCGGUUUACCUCGGCUAACCCCACGAAAAACGUAUACAUCAUUUGAAAUUUAAAAUGCAAUCACCACAGAGAGAGGAGGCGCCUCAGCUAACCUGGCGCAUUCACACAAUCAAUCCUCGCUUUUGUGCGGCUCUCUGAGAUGAUUUGAGUGGCCUGUAGUGUCAGCUGAGGUCAGGGGCGUGUCCCGAGCUUUUAGCCUGUAGCCCGUCUGAAGCUGGCACUAAAAGAUUGCACAGAUGUGAGGAAGAGCUGUUAGAGCGCGGCAUGUCCGACAGGAGUCGGGAACAUUACAGGGCACGGGGGGAUGUGCCUAAGCUGCUAAGAUUCAGGGUGCAGCAGAGGACAGUCAGACUGACACACAUUCUGUAGUCACGAGGUUGUGUUUUACCUGUCAUGCAGGGAGACAUCAGAUGACGCAUUCUGUGCGUGCUUGUCCUCUGUGAGUGCAUGAGGGAACUGAGGUCGUGUGUGUGAUUUAUGUGUGUCAGCGUGUGUGCGCAUUCGAUUUAGAGAACUUGUGGAUAUGAGCGAGGAGCUCUUAAGUGCUUGACCUAAUUUCGCAGGCAGAGAAGAAUUCGACAGUGAAGGCCUUCCUCUGUUAGUGUGAGGUUGCUGUGCUGGGUGUUUCCUCCCAGGGUCUAACAGGAAGCUCAUGUUUGAGUUCAUUUGAGGACAGGGAGAAGGCUUUUCUUUCCACUGUGGAUCGUUCUAGAGAGGGGGAGAAAGCCAGGGCCUCAGCUCUGAUUCGCCCUUCUGCAAUCUGGCAUGUGUUUUAGCUCCUUAUACUGCUGUAUUGUCUAUUUUGGCUGAACUUAAGUUUUUUUUUUUUUUUAGCUCCUGCCAAGAAAACAUCUAUUUUUUGGGCUUACAGUGAGCAGGAGCCGAGAUCCCGAGUCAAAAAUGACUUAAUGAAUCCUGUGAGCAAAUGAAACAAUCCUCUGCAGGGUUCUGUCCUGCUUCCUCUGGUUCGGACUUACAUUCCAGGCUCAACUGAGCCAGGUCGUGACCCGAAAAAAUGCUGUGCUGUUCGCGGUGGUUUUGGAGGAAUAUUCACAGCACAGAUGAGCUUAUGGACAGUUAUUGAAAUGAAUUAAAGUGCUUGUGCUUUUUCGUUGAGUUUAAGUAAAUGUUCAUGGGCUGUGAUUUGUUGUUCACAGGCUUGGGGACUUUGGACGACUCUGACAGACAUGCUUGACUACGCAGGACUGGUGAAGUGAGUAGAAAAGGCCUUCAGCACUUGUCCUGGAAUGUUUCUAUCUACUGAUGCAUGUGAAUAUUAAGGGAUGGCAAACCCAGAAGGUGACUAUCUACCUUUCUCAUGUUGGUGACCUUGAUGGUUUUGAAGGAUCCCGGACUGAAGCUUUGGAGACAAAGAGACUGAUGAAUGAUUCAAAGCUUGCCGUGGUCCAGCGCCAUGGUAGACAUGCCGAGCCUGUACAGUCCCUUGUCCCCGCUGGGCUAUCCAAUUUUGGACAGCCCUCUGUGUGGAGAACUCAUUGGUGACAUGGAGGUUCUUGAAGAUAUCUCUCAGUCUCUCAGCGAUGAUAAUUUUAACUCCCUUCACGUACUGGACUACCAGAGCUGCAACACAGUAGUAGAUGGCUCCACUCUCUUAGAUGUCUUAACCCCAGCAUCUAGUCCGUCCUCAGAAGCGUUCGUAGCCAGCACCGGUCAGGACGAGAACUCCUCUGGUUCCCUUGCCCUCGAGUGCCGCGUCUGCGCCGACCGGGCCUCGGGUUUCCACUACGGAGUGCAUGCCUGCGAAGGGUGCAAGGGCUUCUUCAGGAGAACCAUUCGACUCAAACUGGAAUACGACAAGUGCGAACGCAACUGCAAGAUCCAGAAGAAGAACAGAAACAAAUGUCAAUACUGCCGCUUCCACAAGUGCCUUGCAGUGGGCAUGUCCCACAACGCUAUCCGUUUUGGGCGGAUACCCCAAUCUGAGAAGCAGAGGCUGAAAGCAGAGAAGGACGUCAACGGGAAAGAGGAGCUUCAGUCUCAGCAGCCGGACACAAAGAGUCUGGCCAGGCAGAUGCACGAAGCUUACCUCAAACACUUCCACAUGAACAAAGCCAAAGCACGCGUGUUUCUCACAGGCAAGACCAGCACUCCGCCUUUCGUCAUCCACGACAUGGACUCUCUUCAGCACGCCGAGAAGAAACUACUCACCCAGCUGCUGGGCAACAUGACGUCCGGCGACGCCUCCACUCUGCGGGAGAGAGAAGUGGAGGCCCGGCUCUUCCUGUUCUGUCAGUAUGCCUCGGUGGCGACGGUCACGGAACUGACGGAGUUCGCCAAGGCCGUGCCCGGCUUCGCCACCCUGGACCUCAACGACCAGGUGACUCUGCUGAAGUACGGCGUGUACGAGGCUCUCUUCGCCCUGCUGGCCUCCUGCAUGAAUAAAGACGGGCUGCUGGUGGCUCGCGGGGGAGGCUUUAUCACCCGCGAAUUUCUGAAGAGUCUGCGCAAGCCUUUCAGCGACAUGAUGGAGCCCAAAUUUCAGUUCGCCAUGAGGUUCAACGCUCUAGAGCUGGACGACAGCGACCUGGCGCUGUUUGUGGCUGCCAUUAUCUGCUGUGGAGACCGUCCAGGACUGAGCGACGUGCCACAGAUCGAGCGCAUCCAAGAGAGCAUAAUUCAUGCCCUGCGGCUCCAACUGUUGUCCAACCACCCCGACAACAGCUUGCUCUUUCCCAAGCUGCUGCAGAAACUGGCCGACCUGCGGCAGCUGGUGACAGAGCACGCAGAGCUGGUACAGGAGAUCAAGAAGACGGAAGACGCUUCACUCCAUCCUCUUCUGCAGGAGAUCUACAGAGACAUGUACUGAGCUCGAAGCGUUCCCGUUCUCAGGAAGCGCCGAUACACGAGAGAUCCCUCUUUGUUCGGGACAGGAGAUAAAAAAAAAAAGCCUUUGAGUAGGCAGUAAGACCGGCGGGAACAUGUUUGGGGUGUGUACCUGCUUUUGGAUCAAGCACUGCUGGGGCAUUAUAGGGCAGUGUAAUUUUAGGCUCAUGAAUAUUGCACUAAGCUUUAAUAGAGCACUGACUUUCACAAGGACGAUGCCUAUAGUUCUGUAAAUAAAGUGCAAUAGAUGCUUUCCGCUAUAACAUGUACCAGGGCCGUUGCUAGCGGUGCGAGAGGUGGUGACAAUUCUAGGGGCCUGCAAGCCCCCUGUACACCCACCCACCUCAAAAUGCGAUUUCAAGGGACCCACAGCAACAACCUGCACAAGGGCCCCGGCCCCGGAUACCCCAGCUAAGGCCCAGAUGUGUUUAAAAGAAGCCAAUUGCAUUUAAGUGUAGUAAGCAUAUGACACUCAAUUAACAAUAAAACAGGACACACACACACAAAUAUGUAUUGCUAAUUAAAGUGUCAAUUUCAGCUUUACAAGCAUGUUUUUUUUUGUUUCUUUUGACACUGAGAUGAUGUGCAGGUGAUCUCCUGCUCCAUCUUAAUGUAAUAUUUGCUGGGCGGGGCUUUAGAUAUAGGGGCGUGGCUAUAAUCAGGUGUAACUUUCAGAGUCACCACUUCUGCCAAAUAAGCACCAGCAAUAUUUAGGACCUGCGAUCUUGAAUACGGGAUGAUUUUUCAUGGUUUGAUGCUAGAAUGAAAUGUUUAGAGAGAAACACAUAAAUCAGAUUGUUUGUUACCUCAUUUGAAAUGCUUGUACAUUUUGAACGUCAUUUGUAAAAUAUUUUGUAUAAAUACUGUAUAGCACUCCAACUGUAAUUUUACUGUACAAAUGUGUUGUUUUUUGUGUAUUCGAUCGGUAAAUUAUUGUUUUAUUGAGGUUUACUUCAGGGGAAAAUUUAAUUUUCUUAGCAUUUAGAGCCAGAUCUUCUAGUAGUUGAUGCAAUCCACAAGACCCUCGAUUAUCAGAGAAUGCUUUGUAGACUUUGGUUGUUUGAGUUUUAAUGAAACAUUUAAUUUUCUGUUGUG